UUGCUCUCCUUAGAUAAAAGCCAACCCCCAUGGAUUUCUUCACAGACACCACAACUCUCCUUCUCCCUUUCCUUCUCUCUCUUUGUCCAGCUUCGCAGAGCUUUUAAAACAAACGUAUCAAUGGCUGUUGAAGCGUCUACAAAACGUCCCAGAGGAUCUCAGUACCUUGACACAGACGCUAACUUCACGCCAGCUGUUAAACGGAGGUCCGGCGCGUUUGGUUUAUCAUCAUCGUUGAUAAACGUUGAACUCUUAUGUCAGAUUCAAAACCAGCAACAAUUGGAGAUUGAUAGGUUUGUAGCUCAGCAAACGGAGAAGCUUAAAAUAGAUAUUGAAGCACGUCAGCGAACGCAAACGCGGAUGCUAGCGUCUGCGGUUCAAAACGCGAUAGCCAAGAAGGUAAAAGAGAAAGACGACGAAAUCGUACGGAUAAGAAACAUUAACUUCGUUUUACAAGAGGGAGUCAAGAGUCUCUAUGUUGAAAACCAAAUCUGGCGCGAUAUCGCUCAAAGGAACGAAGAACACGCUAACAUCCUUAGAACAAACCUCGACCAAGUUCUGGCUCAAAUGGAAACGUUACAAACCGUAGCAACCGCUGUAGAUGACGAUGCCGAAUCUAGCUGCGGAAGUUGGGUUGAAGGUGGUGAAGCUAUAAGGGCGGUUAGUAGCGGUUGCAAGCGGUGCGGUGAGAGAGAAGGGAGUCUGUUGGUGUUACCUUGUCGUCAUUUGUGUUUGUGUACGGUUCGUGGUUCGGCUUCGUUACGAACUUGUCCGGUUUGUGGUUCGGUCAUGAACGCUAGUGUACAUGUUAACAUGUCUUCUUGACCGUCUAGAAGUUUUAGUAAAGGAUUAAAAUCUAAAAGAAUAGGAUUUUCUUUUUGCCAAUUAAUUUUGUAUUUUGUAAGUACAUUCUUUUCUUAAUUCCUGUAAAUUUUAAUUUAAAUCUUGAAUUUCUAUACAGACUUUAUUGAAGCCAAGAAUACUAGUUGCAAAAAGAUGAAAUAAUUCAAGUUAACUCACAAAAAAUAAGUAAAGAAUCCCCAAAAAUGAUAGGAAAAAAGGAAAUUCAUUGUACUGGAUUAAAAGAUUCUUGAUUGUUUGAAAUGUGUAUGUAUUCCAAAGUUGGUUACUUUAUUCUCAAAGUCAAUUACAUGAACGCUUAGUUUGAUAGAUUUCCAGAAUGUCCAUACAAAUUGAAAAAUUAUAUAUCUAUAGAUAAUACUGUUACAGUUUGGCGGUAUAUUUUAUAUUUCUAACCCCACAAACUAUAGUAAACAAGAAGAACCAUAUUUAGCAAACUAUAAAUGAAACAUUCAUUCAAAAAAAAUAUAUUGAAAGAGUCUGAAUUCGAUUGCCUCAACGACAUUUUGAGUGCAGUCAUCAUAGUUGUCGUGUAAUAAAUAUUUCAAAUUUGGACCAUCAUGUGCGGUGCAUGUCUAGACAACCAAAAACCCUUCCCACUAAAAUGGCUUCACGUACGUAAAUACAUACAAUUUAUAUUGAUAAAAAAGAAAAACCAAACUAAAACGAUGAAUACGAUGUGUGAAUUCACGAGUUACGAUGACUGCGUCCAAGAAACGUUACCAUGUCUCUAUGACUCUAUCCAAUAAUUUGUUUAAAUUUCCCCUUCAAUUUUUAAAAAAAUAUACUAUUAAUUUGGAAGGGAGUCGUACAUAAAUAGUGGCAAAAUGAAAAUUAAUGGUAUUGGUACGACUAUAAAGA